AUGGCACUAGAGGACGAUACUAACCAAGCAGAGAUGACCUCGAAGGAGAUCGAGCUCCUCAACAAGCUCGAGUUUCUGCAAAGUCAGGUUACCGAUCUUCACAAAGCUCAGGAGACCACACCCGGAGGUCCUGAACUUCUCUUCGAAGGUUCGACCCUGGCUUUGCUCAACACUCCACGCGAUGGUGAAGAAGUACCUCAUCGACCCGUCUUCGCCGACAACGAACCCGAAGGCCGAGAAGCUGCAAAUGAUGGGACCCGAGUGCAAGUGGAUAGCUAUUCCGAUACAGAGGACGAAGAGUACUCACCCGAUGAUCCCGGGAUCUCAGAUCCGGCUCUAGCAUCCUACUUAGAAAGGGUGGUCUCCGAAAGGUUUGGCACCAUUCAAUCUAUGGAAGAAAGACUUUCAGGUGUAGCUCCUCUUAUUCGAAGGAGUAAUCAGAGGUCCUACUCCGAUACACCUUUCGUGGAAGAGAUUGCUUCAGUGGAGAUGCCACGAAAGUUCUCUUUCCCGAGCAUAAAGAUGUAUGAAGAUACUAGGGAUCCUGAAAAUCAUAUCACCCAGUACAAGCAACGCAUGCUAGCAUUAGCAAUCCCCUGGGAUGCACGGGAAGCUACCAUGUUCAAGGGAUUCAGAUCAACCUUGACUGGCCCUGCUCUCCAAUGGUACAUCAAUCUUCCUAUCAAGUCCAUCAAGUCCUUUGCAGCCCUUAGCGACAAGUUCGUGGAGCAAUUUGCUAGUAGUCGCAACCUAGAGAAGAACUCAGACGACCUCUAUGAAGUCCUCCAGCAUAGGAAUGAACCCCUUUGCUCCUACAUAGCACGCUUCAAUCAAGAGAAGGUGGCUAUCCUUGAGUGCAACGCUUAUACGGCUAUCUCAGCCUUCAAGCGGGGUCUACUUCCGGAGGAAGAUCUCUACAAGGAGCUGAUCAAAUAUAAGUGCAGGAAUAUGGAGGACGUAUUGUCUCGUGCUUGGGCUCAAGUAAAGUGGGAAGAUGUUGCUAGUAGGGCCAAAGCCUGUCCGAAUUACGAUCAGAAGUCCUCAAAGCCGACUAGGAAUGACCGCGAUGAGCCCUCUUAUCCCAAGACCGCGAGGGAGACCGGCAACCCAAGCAGGGGCAGGUACCAACAUCGACCUUUGCCUAGAUCCGAGGGGAUGAUGGUGUCCACUUGGCCAGAUAUCUCUCAUCUUGUGAUAUCAAAACCGGAACUGAUCGGUGUCCUACGACAAAUGGGUCCACAAGUUAAGUGGCCUCAUAAGAUGAAGGCUGCAGAGGCUAAUCGAAACCCCAAGCGGUGGUGCGACUUCCAUAGUGACCAUGGUCACACCACGGAAGAGUGUAUAGCCUUGAAGAUGGAAGUAAGCGGAAUUAGCAGUGCCGCUGCCAAGAGAAGUACACGCAACGCCAGGAAUGGCCAAGAGGCCGAGGGUCCUAAGCGCCUACUCCUCGGAACAGAUGAGAUCAGCUUCACUGCUAGGGAGCAACAGAAGGUUCUUGCUCCUCAUCAUGACGCCCUUGUCAUUUCACUUACCAUAGCAAACUGCUUGGUCAAGCGAAUAUUAGUAGACGAUUGGAGCUCCAGCAACAUAAUCUUCCAUUCGGCCUUCGCCGACCUAGGGUUGGAACCUACAGCUCUAACUAGAAAGGCGACUCCCCUUGUAGGCUUCAGCGGAGAGGUCAAGCAAACCUUAGGAGAGGUCUUUCUCCCCGUGGACGCCGAGGGGAUAAAUCAAGCCACGAAGUUCCUAGUCGUCGAUUGA